CGGUAAUGACAAUUGGCAUUGACAAGACCUUUGAAAAGUUGAGACCUGCCAUUCCCGAAACCCUAGAAGAAGGGCGCUUCUUCUUCUCCCCAUUGAUCUUCGUACAUUCCCCUCGAAGCUGCAAUUUCUUGUCCCCUCUCGUCUGGAAUUCCAUGCCCAUCGAAUCGAAUCGGAAACGAUCGAACUCUGUUCUGUUCGUGGCCGCGAUUCAUCUCUAUUUCGCUGUUAUCGAGAUCCGGAGGAGUUAGAGGAGGCCUGAGAGAACAGAACGUUCUUUUUUGUCGAAGGUAUAUAGAUGCGGUUUUAUGUGAUUUGAGGAGAAGGAAGAAGAGAGAGGGUUUGAUCUGAACCAGCUACUCUGUUGUUUGCGGGUUUAUUUCAAUGGGAAAGCCAACGGGGAAGAAGAAGGAAAAUGUGGCGGAGAAGCCUGGAAAUGCAAAUCCUAAGCUUGCCCGAUCGUCUGACCGGAACUCGAAGGCGUUUGAUGAAGACACUGCCAUCUUCAUAAACAUGUCCCAAGAGCUGAAGGAGGAAGGCAACCGUCUGUUCCAGAAGCGCGAUCACGAAGGCGCCAUGUUAAAGUACGAGAAAGCUCUGAAGCUUUUGCCGAGAAGUCACAUUGAUGUUGCUCAUCUCCACAGCAACAUGGCCGCCUGUUAUAUGCAGUUGGGGCUGGGCGAAUAUCCGCGGGCGAUUAAUGAGUGCAAUUUAGCGUUGGAGGCUCACCCGAGAUACAGCAAGGCGCUGCUGAAGAGAGCAAGGUGUUAUGAGGCUUUGAGUCGGUUCGAUUUGGCGUUGAGAGAUGUGAAUACUGUUUUGAGCUUGGAGGCGAACAAUCUCUCUGCUUUGGAGAUUUUGGAAAGUAUCAAAAAUACGAUGAGAGAAAAGGGUAUUGAUUUCGAUGAGAAAGAAAUCGGUUUGGCCAGUGUAAAGCUGCCUCCUGCAGCACGUCUGCGAAAGGUAGUUAAAGAGAAAUUAAGGAAGAAGAAGAAUAAGAAAGUUGAGGAAAAGGCAGAUGAUAAGUUGGUUGUGGAGGAGAAGGUGGAUCAGGUGGCCCAGGCUGAUCAGGUUGAAGAUAAGGAAGUUACAAAAGUUACUAUUGAGGAAGAUAAAUUGUCUGUUCAACCAGUCGAGGAAAAACCAGUCUCAAAGACGGUGAAGUUAGUUUUUGGAGAUGACAUAAGAUGGGCGCAGUUACCUACAAAUUGCAGUAUGAAAUUGGUACGUGAGAUAGUUCGAGACAGAUUUCCAAGCUUGAAGGGUGUUCUUGUGAAGUACAGAGAUCAAGAGGGCGAUUUGGUUACGAUUACUACGACGGAGGAGUUGAGGUCGGUUGAAGCAUCUGGUCAGUUACAGGGUUCUCUUAGAUUGUACAUCACAGAAGUCAGUCCUGAUCAGGAACCUGUCUACAAGGAUAUCGAGAACCUGGAGGUGAUACCGGAGGUAGAUAAAGAAAGGAGUAAUGCCGUGGUGAAUGGAGAUACAGAAAAAGAUAAGGAGUCUGUAAAGGGUACAACUUUGGUCGAGGAUUGGAUCGUCCAGUUUGCACGGUUGUUCAAGAACCAUGUUGGGGUUGAUUCUGAUUCGUACUUGGAUCUUCAUGAGCUUGGAAUGAAGCUGUACUCAGAAGCAAUGGAGGACUCCGUAACAGGUGAUAGUGCACAAGAAAUUUUCAAAAUUGCUGCUGACAAGUUUCAAGAAAUGGCGGCUCUAGCAUUUUUCAACUGGGGAAAUGUUCACAUGUCCAGGGCAAGGAAGCAGGUUUUCUUUCCAGAAGAUGGUUCGAGAGAAACGUUACUUCUUCGGAUUAAGGAUGCUUAUGAGUGGGCACGAAAAGAAUACAAAAAGGCUGAAAUGAGAUACGAAGAAGCUCUAAAUGUGAAGUCUGACUUCUAUGAAGGUUACCUUGCACUUGGGCAGCAGCAGUUUGAGCAAGCUAAGCUUUGCUGGUAUUAUGCAGUUGCGAGCAGAACCAAAAUCGAUUUGGAUUCAAACUUUUCUGCGGAGGUCUUGCAACUUUAUAACAAGGCUGAGGACAGCAUGGAGAAGGGCAUGCUGAUGUGGGAAGAAAUGGAGGAGCAGCGCCUGAAUGGACUCUCCAAAAGUGAAAAAUACAGAUCUGAGUUGCAAAAAAUGGGAUUGGAAAGACUAUUUAGUGAGAUACCUGCUGAUGAAGCUGAAGAGCUGGCUACAAACAUGAGAUCACAGAUAUAUCUCUUAUGGGGCACCUUACUGUACGAGCGUUCGGUGGUGGAAUACAAGAUUGAACUACCUACUUGGGAGGAAUGUUUGGAGGUGGCGGUAGAGAAGUUUGAACUUGCUGGUGCUUCCCAAACAGAUAUUGCAGUUAUGAUAAAGAACCAUUGUUCCAAUGAUACUGCACUGGAAGGUUUCGGUUUCAAAAUCGAUGAGAUUGUGCAGGCAUGGAACGAAAUGUAUGAUGCUAAAAGGUGGGAGUUUGGGGUUCCAUCUUUCCGCCUUGAGCCUUUGUUUCGACGUCGGGCUCCUAAACUUCACUUCACUUUGGAGCAUUUUUGAGAGUUUUGUUGAUGAUUGGGCAUUCUGUAGAGGCAUUUAAGGAAUCUAUCAGUUUUCUUUGCAUCAAUUUUCAGGUGUUCUGCUUCCCAUAUAGACAAAAGAUGUUUCAAUACCAGCCGCUAUCUUAAUUCGUCGUUUGGCCUGAGUGUAAGUUUGUUUAUAGUAUUAUUCUUUUGAGAAGAUUGAAGAUUCAGCAACAAAGAUAAUAGCUAUAGAUUGAUAUUGAUUCAUUAUUCAUCAUUGAUUUGAUAGGGUGGAGGAAGAAAUUUUUAAUUUUUAAUUUGAUUUUCGAUAUUGAAUAGAGAAUUUGUGUUUGUGAAAUUUCAAGAGCAGAUUGUUCAUGUUGUUAUACAGAUUGUCAACUUUGAUUGUUUUGGAGUUUGAAGAUUGAUGGAAAGAAUUAUACAGUAAAAGCAAAUUAUUGUUGUUA